AUGACUGAGGGUCGCAACCACGACGACCUCAUCAUUAUUUUGUGCACGAAGGCUCUCCAUUCCGCGCGAUUUUAUGCCUUCCUAAUAAUAGGCGCCUGUGUAGAUCCCUGGCAGGCCUUCUUUACGGUGUCCACCCAGCGGAAUAAUAUUAAUUUACUUAUUUAUCAGGUGGAGGUUUUAUUUUACGAGAACGUGAACAAUCAGUACAGACGCAGCUUCAUCGAGCUGCAGUUCAAAUUCUGUGCGUUCAUCUUUAAAGAUCCUAUCUUCGGUGCCGCCAUCAGAAAUCAGAUAGCCAGCAUUGACAGCUGUCCCAUACCAGCGGGGGCAUAUAACCUGUACAACAUGACAGCCGCCGCUGACCACCUGCCAAAGUUACCAUUUUCAAAAGGCCGCAUCUACAUAUGCCUCAAAACCAGGUCGAAGCCAGUCUUGAGGGGAUACUGCGAUAUGGAGCUGAAGAGAAAGAAACCGCCUAAACAUUAA